GUAAAGAAAGUGAAAGAAAAGUCACUCAACUCGGCAACGGAGGUCAUUCAUUGCAUUUUUAUGCAUUUUAUAACAGAUACUGAUAUAAUUUUGACCAACUAUUGCCUCAGUGUCUGAUGUUUUGUGUUAUUGUGAUGCACAUGAGUGAAAAAAUUCUUCGCCAUAAUACGUAGUGAUGGCAGAUCAAUUCUGUUUACGUUGGAAUAAUUUCCAGACAAAUAUCGUGAGUGCCUUAGACUCGUUGAAAUGUUCGGAGGAUCUCGUGGACGUAACGCUCACUUGCGAAGGCAGGAAUAUCAAGGCCCAUAAAGUAAUACUGUCUGCAUGCAGCCCGUACUUCAGGAAUGUGUUCAAGGAGAACCCUUGUCAACAUCCAGUGAUAAUCCUGAAAGAUGUGUCAGCUGAUGACAUAGUGAGCUUGUUAUCAUAUAUGUACCAAGGAGAGGUUUUCAUUGAAGAAAGCAAGUUGUCUUCAUUUUUGCAUACUGCUGCCUUACUCCAAGUUAAGGGACUCACUGGUGUCACUCAACAGAAGGAUAACUUCACAUCUCCAAACACUUCAAAUAAACUUUACACACAACUCACAAUAUCUUCCAAAUCUCAUUUUGGUGCUGUUCAAAAGGAUGCCAAACUACCUGCACUAAAGAAAAGAAGAAGCAGCACUUCAGAUAAACCCAAUGAUGUGACAAUUGGAGAGACUUACAAGAGAAGUAGGCUCAUCGAAACAUGUGAUAUUUAUAACAAAAAUAGUCUGUCCAAUUCUAUGAAAGUUGACAACCCAGUUUUUGUUCCUGAAAAUAACAUAGACAAGAAAAAUGAUGGAAAGAAUGAACAGUCAACUGUUACUGCUAAUGGAAAAAGCUCUGCCUCAAACCAGGUCAAUGCUCAAGGAGACAACAUUCCCGUAACAAUAAAAACUGAACGGAUUGAGGAUAGCAACUCACCGGUGCCUCCAGUGAAUGUCAACAGUGAAAAUGAUGAUAGCCUUCCUGAUUAUGAGAAUAGCAUGCUUGCCAGAUCAUUACUCUCAGGUAUUAACCCAUCAAAAAGUGAUGUCAGUGCCAAUAAUUCAACUGUCAAAAAAGUGUCAAAUGUAGAUAUACACUGCACUCGGCCAAAAGAUGCAACAACAGAUUCCAUUAGUUUCACAAAUACAAUGUCUAAGAGUCCACUGAAAAUUUCUUCAGAAGAAACUGUAGUGAAGUCUGAGAAGCAUUCUCCCAAAUCAGAAAUUGACUAUGAACCAGAAGUACUGCUAUCGGAACAACACGAUGGCACAGAUUCUGAUAAUACUUACAGUCAAGAGCAGUCUCAAGCUUUAUUACUGCUGGCUGGAAUGUCUUCAGUUCCUGUCAUAGGAGGUGCUUCAACAUCAGGGCUGUCCCAUCAGCAGUCCAAUCAUGCAGCCAUAUGUGGUGACUGCCCACAUUGUGGCAUGAAGUAUUCCAACCAGUCAGCUCUCAAAUAUCACGUAAGAUUAAUGCACUCAGAUUUGACCAACAGGUUAUGUUGCUAUCUGUGUCCAAGAUCAUUUACAAUGCGAGAGACGUUCAAGGAACACAUGUGGACAAGUCAUGGUCAGAGAAAUUGAUCCAGGAAAGCAGUGGUGUGCCUUAUUUGGUUCCUUGUUAUUAAAGAAGUUAGGUGAGAGGAUGAAGUAUUUAUGUGCCUUGGGAAGCAAAUAUUGUCGCCUUGUAUAUUUAUUAUUAUUGUUAUUUACCAAUUUAAGUGUUAAAAUUGGACUAUACUAAGAAUAUAAUAUUUUUACAACUAAGGAAUGAGAAUGUGUUGAGCGUAGCAAUAUAGUAAACAAGGUAAAACUCAUUGUGUAUGUACUGUACUGCUGGUGUUCUGCAGACCCUUAGUUGGAUGUUUUAAUGCAUAAAUAAGAGGAGUGAGAGAGUAAAUAGGGUCUCGAUCAGUUGCCGCAGAAUGUACAUGUAGUAUUAUCGAAGGAAUAAUUAUAUUUGAAUACAUGGACCUGAUAAUAAAAUAGAAUUGAAUUCUAUUAGAAAAAUGUACAAAUUAUUCAUCUAAUGAUUUACCAUUUUGUGAUUUCAAUUUUAGUGUAAACCAACUACUUAUUGUGUUUCUACCAUAAUUAUAUAUUAACAAUUGUUUUAUAUUUACUCCAUUUUAUUUAAUAUUGUUUAAUAUAAUAAGGUACCUAAAAGUUUGUAAAAUGUUACCUAGAAUUCACAUUUAUUGCACUUUUGGGUGCUAAAAGGCAGUUACCUAGAAGUUAUAUGAAGAUUAUAAGAUAUUUACCUCUACAGAGUGAAAAGUGUGCUUUUCUCGCGCUAAACCAGUACGGAAAAAUGUGUUUUAUUCACAGACACUAGCAUGUUAAUGUUAUACUGGGAUUUUAAACUUGUGAUAUAUAUAAAAUGCUACUCAUAAUAUCUAAAAAAAACGAAAAUGGCGCGAAUCAAAUGCCGAAUAUUUUCUUUCAACACUACAUUGAAAGAAAAUAUUUGAACUAUUUUUGUGAAUAUAGAGAUAAAUGAGGCAUCCAGUUAUGAGGACGGUUGUCCUCCAAAAGAGUUUAAAAGUACAGGUUUGUAAUGCUACUGAAUUUCGCUAUAAAACUUUUCUCGCUGGUAGAGGUGAAAAGUUGUAUGUUUCACACGAGUGGAAAUGUGUUUUGUGUCUCGUACUUUUUCAAAUACUCACUGCUCAGUAGUCUGUAUUAGAAUACGUACUAUAUAAAAUAUGAGUACUUCGCUAGUUCGUAAUUUAAACUCGGCACUCGCACAUAAAACAUAACUUUCCUCUCUUGUAGAACAAAUAACUAAUUUUGAAAUAUUAUACAACCUAGUUAUAUUUAAGAACUUCUUAAUGGAAAAAUGUGCUGCGACAACUGCCUCUAAAGAAACCUUGGACGCUAUGUAGGUAAGUAGUUUAUCAAUGUAUGCUACGCUUGGACGUAAAUACAGCUAGGUUGUAAUAUUAUUGCCUUGUUUUAACGAGAUUGUUUACUAGAUUCUAGAACUAUAUUGAAAUAUCUUUAGUCAAUUAUACCAUGUGCGUUAUUAAUAGUUAUUAUAUAUUUACAAUGCAGUCAGUUUAAAAGUAUACAAUAUGAAUCUCAAUACACUUGUUUUGCGCGAAAACUGGGACCUACUGUAAUUUUAAAGUGGUUAUAGAUGUCGAUUCCGACCGGAGGCAGGAGUACGCUUACGCUAAGUACAAGACAGGAAUUGAACUUGUUUAGAACUGUACAAUAAAAGUUCUUCAUCAUAUCUCCACCUGUUAUUGUGUAACUGAAUAAAAUUAUUCUGUAAAUUAUUAUGAUAAAAGCGGUACGUUUUCAUUAAUUUACUGUCGACGUGCUUGAAUGUCCUCUAUAUUAAGUUUUGUCUACAAUAAAUGAAAUAAUUGCACAGUGCUAUAAAAAUGCGCUUUAAAGUGUAGAAAAUGCUAAGUAAAAAUUUAUUAUUUUACCAUUAAGUCCAGAUGCCUUCUCCAAUAAUGUUAUUCAACGUAUUGUUAUUAAUAUUAUAUUUUAACGUUUAUAAAUUUGUGGAAUCCACAUUUUGGUAAUUUGUGCCAAAACGAUUUUAUAACUAUAUAGCAUUGGUGUCUAUUAUGAUAAACAUUUCUUUAUUAACUACUGCUUACCUAUUCUUUUCAAAUCUGUCGUAAACGAAAGUGGGUAAUCUAGUUUUAAAAGUCAGCGGUAAGUUCUGUUUAUAAUAAGUAUUAUAUAUUUUAAAUUAUUUGACAGUUCGAAAUACCCCGUCCCUUUCUUUUUCGGCUUGGUCAAUAGUUAAAAUAGAUCAGUUUGUCUGAAUCGGCACCAUUAUUUAAUUAGUAUUUUUGUUUUAAGUUACCGAGUACUUUUUAACUUACACGUUAUUUAAGAGCUCAGUUUAUAUAUUCGUUAUAAGACUACAGAAAUAUUACACUAAAAAAAAAUUAAGAAUUAUGUUUAUGAAAUUCAUAUGUUAAAUUUAAAUUAUAAGGCUGUUUUUUCAUUUUCAGUAUCGUCACAAUGUUAUUAAUUGAUAAUUUAUUGAUAUCAUUUGUUAACUCAUUCAGUCUUAGAAGUAUUAUUGAUUACACUACUCGAUUGCCAUUAGUGAAAAGAAAUAUUUAAAUGAACUAUAACAUGUUCAAAAGAACAUGUGUAAGAGAAAAAUAUUUAAGUAGUUACCUAGUAUAGUUUUAAUAUAUUUACGUUAACGUAAUUAUAUUGUUGAAUAUUUUAUUCAGAUUUUACAAGAUUUACAUUUUGAAUUAUUAUUAUGUUAUGAAUAAAAGUAUAAGCUUCUUA